AUGGCUGAGGUGAAUUCACUCAGCGAAAUAGAAAAAGUGCAAGAUGUAAUUAGGAAAAAACAUAAAUUAUUAAAAUUAGAAAAAGAUAAUAUAGAUGAGAUAACAAAUGAACAUUUCAAACCUGUGUUAGAACCUCUUCAUCAAAUAUCUAAACAUAUGUUAUCAACAAAAUCAAUGCGUUCACCACAAUUAACUGAUGUAACAUCAUUAUCAUUAUCUCCGUUCAAACCUUCAAAGAAAAAACCGAAAAGUAAUAUCAAAAAAAAGAUGCAAUUAAAUCCUUCAGUUGUGUUAAAUGAAACAAAUGAUCUUAUAUCAGAAGAUUUAGAUUCAAUGAGUGAUGAUGAUCAUAUAAUUAAUCAAUCAUCAUCAUCAUCAGACAACUCUGUUAUAAGUCAAUCUAUUGAAGAUGAUAAUGAAACGAUUAGCAAUUUAACUUCAGAUUUUCACUUUGAUAAUCCUAUCAUUAAUGAAUAUUUCAAAUUAAUAAAUACAACUGAUUGGGAUCGAAGUUAUGGAGUUAGAAAACUAAAAUCAGGUUACUCGAUUGGGAAUGGAAGAAUUUUUGUUAGAGAAAACAAUUUAAUUAUAAAAGAUUGUGAAUAUCCAAUUACAUUAGGUCUUUUAGAAUUGUUAUUGAAAAAACAACCUGAUGAAACAAAAAUUUAUAGUCCUGAUGUUGAAAACUAUAAAGAAAUAGUUUUAACAACAAAUGCACAUCGAAAAUUGUAUGAAUCAAGGAGUGCCAUUAGAAAUCUCAAUUCGACGAAGUACAUAAGAUGGAUAAAAUUAUUUGGUGAUUCUUCAAGAUUAGGAAGAGGUCUUUUACCAAAGUAUAUGCGAACAUCAAAGCAAAAUGUAAAAUUUGAUUAUGUACAUUGGGAUGAUGUAAAUGAACUUGUUGAAAGAUUACAAUUAUUAGUAGCAUCAAGAUCAGCUUGUAAUCAAAGUCAUGAUAAUGAAAUUUUAUCAAUUAUUGAAGAACUACGAGAGGCUCAAGUCAUUCAUUAG